CGGGGGCCGGUAGCGGUGUGGGGACAUGUCCGGGCUCCGGUCCGGCGGUGAGAGGCCUGUACCGGGAUGGAGAUGCCGUAACGGUACCUGUACCGCGGUGGAGAUGCCGUACCGGGGCCCAUAGCGGGAUGCAGAUGCCGUACCGGGGCCGUACGGGGAUGCAGAUGCCAUAACGGUACCUGUACCGGGAUGGAGAUGCCGUACCGGGGCCCAUAGCGGGAUGGAGAUGCGUUACCGGGACCCGUACGGGGAUGCAGAUGCCGUACUGGGGCCGUACGGGGAUGGAGAUGCCAUAACGAUCGAUGACAUCGCGGACGGCGCCGUGAAACCCCCACCGAACAAGUACCCCAUCUUCUUCUUCGGCACCCACGAGACAGCCUUCUUGGGCCCUAAAGAUCUCUUCCCUUAUGAAAAAUAUAAAGACAAAUAUGGGAAACCAAACAAGAGAAAAGGCUUCAACGAGGGCUUGUGGGAAAUCCAGAACAACCCUCACGCCAGUUACAGUGCCCCUGCGCCCGCCAGCUCCUCGGACAGCGACAGCCCCGAGCAGGACCCGCUGGGCAGCGACGGCGGCGACGACGAGGACGACGCUGCCGUGGCCGCAGCCGCCGCCGAGAAGAUGGAAAGCGACGAGGAGUCGGACGGAGGCAGCGAGCGCGGCGGCCUCAAACGGAAAGCGCUGCCGGUGAAAAUGCCUGUGGCAAAACGGCCUCGGAAAUCCUCCAGUGACCUGGAUCAGGGCAGCCCCUCCCCAUCAGAGGAGGAGAACUCAGAAACAUCCUCUGAGUCAGAGAAGAACAGUGACCAGGAUUUCACUCCUGAGAAGAAGCCAGCAGCCAGGGCUCCCCGGAGGAUGCCAGCAGCAGGGAGGAAGAAGAAGAAGGUGGAAUCUGGCUCUGACUCAGACUCCAAAGUGGACUCAGAUUCAGAAAUGGGCAAUGCAACUGUGGACAUGACCAAGUCAGACUCCAACUCUGAUUCAGACUCAGAUGUGUCUGUGAAGAAGGCCCCACGGGGCAGGAAACCAGCUGAGAAACCCCCUCCCAAGCCCCGGGGCAGGAAACCAAAGCCUGAACGUGUCCCAACCAGCUCCAGCAGUGACAGUGACAGCGACAGCGACGUGGAUCGCAUCAGCGAGUGGAAGAGGAGGGACGAGGAGCGGCGGCGGGAGCUGGAGGAGAAGAGGAAGAGGGAGCAGGAGGAGGAGAUCCGUCGGCUUCGGGAGCAGGAGAAGGAGGAGAAGGAGAAGAGGAAGGAGAAGGCAGAGAAAGGAGAGGAGCUGCACUCGGACUCAGACAGCAGCGCGGAGGAUGAAGCGGCCAAAAAGGGCCGGAAGGGCCGAGCCAAGGCCCCGUCGUCCUCAGACUCUGAAGUGGAGCUGGAGAAAGAGGUAAAGAAGCCAGUGAAGAAGCAGCCUGAGUUGUCAAGGAAACCAAAUCAGAAGGAGAAGAGGGGCCGAGCAGAGGAGAAACCACGGAACAAACCUUUGAAAGUGGAACGAGGCCGGAAGAAAUCUGACCUGAUCCCUGAAAGGAGGAUGGAGAAGAAAAAGGAGCCCACAGUUGAGGAGAAACUUCAGAAGCUUCACAGUGAGAUCAAGUUUGCCCUGAAGGUGGAUAACCCAGACAUCAAGAGGUGUCUGAAUGCACUAGAGGAGCUGGGCACGCUCCAGGUCACCUCUCACAUCCUCCAGAAGCACACGGAUGUGGUGGCUACACUGAAAAAGAUCCGUCGCUACAAAGCAAACAAGGACGUGAUGGAGAAAGCUGCUGAAGUCUACACCCGCUUGAAGUCACGUGUGCUGGGACCAAAGAUGGAGGCAAUCCAGAAAGCCACCAAAGCUGGGGCUGAGAAGGACAAAGGGGAUGCAGAGAAGGGCCCAGAGAAGCUGCCAGGAGGGGAGACCCGCAAUGAGAAGGGGGAAGAGGAGAGGAACACAGACUUGUCUGGUCCUGUGAAUGGUGAAUCCCUGUCCCAAAAAGCAGAGGGCACAGAGGAGAAGGACAAAAGUCAAGGGCUGGGAGCUGGGGAGCCAGAGGCAUCCUCCGAGGAGACCCACAGCAACAGCACACAGGACUAUCCCAAGGCCGACCGGGAGAGGGCUGGUGGGGAGGCGGCUGAGCUGAGCUGAGCUGAGCUGAGCUGAGGGAGGAGCAGAAGCCUCGGGAGCGACUCGGGGGCCGCGGGGAGAGCGGCCCCAGCCCCGGCCCUGCCCCAGUCCCUGCCCACAUCCCUCAGUCGCUGCUGUCCCGGCUCUUGUGCUGUGUCCUCACCCCGUGAGCAGCCGCCGAGCCUUUGGGGCUGUGCUGGGUGGCUCCAUUUGUUCUCUUAUUUGCUUGUUUUGGUUGGUUGGUUGGGGUUGGGUUUUUUUUUUCCCCCUCCUUACCUGAUUUCUUGUGAUUUCAACCACCAUCAAAUGAAUAUAAAGGGUUUUUUAAUGAAAAA